UUAUAAGUACAGUGUGGGGCUCGGACACGGGCCUCUCCCCGUCUCCAUCCCCAUAGCUGCACUGCACGGAGGUCGCCGCGGCUACCCCAUCGCCACCACCACCACCACCGCAUCUCUCUCCCCUCGCCGUCGCCGUCGCCGUCGCCGCAGCGCGAGAUGGGGUUCGUCUCCUUCGCCGGGAGGGUCCUCUUCGCCUCCGUCUUCCUCCUCUCCGCCUACCAGGAGUUUAGUGAAUUUGGAGCUGAUGGUGGACCGGCUGCAAAGGCCCUUCGGCCUAAGUAUAACGUCUUCACCAAAAAUAUUUCUGCACAUUUGGGAGUAGCAGUGCCUCAUGUUGAGUUGAAGCACAUUGUUGCUGCUACCAUUGGUCUGAAGGGUCUGGGAGGUCUCCUUUUUAUCCUGAGCAGUUCGUUUGGUGCUUAUCUCCUGCUGAUUUACCUCGCUUUUAUCACACCUGUUGUCUACGACUUCUACAACUACGACAUGGAGAAGUCCGAAUUUGUGCAGCUCUUCAUGAAGUUCACACAGAAUUUGGCUCUCUUUGGGGCGCUUCUUUUCUUCCUGGGCAUGAAGAACUCCAUUCCCAAGAGGCAGGCCAAGAAGAAGGCUCCCAAGUCGAAGACGAACUAGGGCGUUUUAGAUAGCCAUGGCCUCCGGCGGUGAUGGGGGACAGUUUAUUUUGGAGUACAAGCUUACAGUACCAGUUGUGCUGCCCUUAGAUGUAUCGGAUUCAUUUUUGAAGGGCACGACCCUAAUGAGGUGUGAGUGGAGGGUUAGGGGACUAGAUUGUAUCAGUAUAUGUACUCGCGAUUUGUUUGUUGAACUAGGCUUCCAAGGAUUAAAUUACCCAUUUGAUUAUUUUGCACUCAAUGUCAUUACUGAUGCGAAGGGUUAGUGACUUGGUGUUUC